GUCAUGGACAGACCAGCAUCUCACAUUUAAGACCAUUUUCAGGAUGUCUCUGAAAAGUGGAAAGGGAGGAUCUGAUAGUAGACCAUCCUCUGCUGGAAGCAUGUCUCCAAGAGGGGGGAGAGCUGCAGCUGCUGGCAGAUCGCCUGCUACUGGGAAAUUCAAAAACAAGGCCCUUCAGCUCAGCCUCUCCAAGAAAUUCUGCUCAAAGUCACAGUCUCCCGCGGCCAAGGGGAAGGACUCUGGUGAGGACGAUUCUCAUCGUCGCGGCAGAAGGAGCCUCAGCAAUAGCUCAGCAGUGGCAGCCGCCUACAUCUCCUUCCUCAAUAAACUCUUUGGACAGGAGAGAGAGCUGAUGCCAGAUGAGUUAGAUGAGCUGCAGCAGGCCUUCAAGGAAUUUGACUACGAUGCGGAUGGCUUCAUCCAUUACAAAGACAUAGCAGAUUGCAUGAGGACCAUGGGCUACAUGCCUACUGAGAUGGAGCUCAUCGAGAUCAUCCAGCAAAUCAAGAUGAAAUGGGGUGGACACGUAGACUUUGACGAUUUCUGUGAGCUAAUGGGACCAAGGAUGCUGGCUGAGACAGCUCAUAUGGUUGGGCUGAAGGAGCUCCGCUCUGCCUUCAAACAGUUUGACUGCGAUGGCGAUGGGAAGAUCACGCUUGAUGAGCUGAAGGAGGGCAUGAAGACCCUUCUGGGGGAGAAGCUGAAGAAAGGCGAGCUGGAGGAGAUCCUCAGUGACAUUGACCUCAACAAAGAUGGAAACAUUGACUUUGAUGAGUUUGUUAUGAUGCUUUCUGCACGAUGACCUCCGAUGAAAGAAGAUGGAGCAGACAGCACCGGAUUCAUACCAUAUAUCCAUGACCACUGUUGCACUCUUUCCGGUGUAUUUAAAAUGUCUAAUUGUAA